AUUAUGUCAGAUGUGAAGGACGACGGAGUAUUACACAAAAAAAGCAGAAAAAAAAACAUUUGCUCUGAAAUCACAAAACAUGUAUUACAUUCUUACAGAAUGUCCUUUGCAGAAAAGUCGUUGAACUGUUUUUAUAGGAUUAAAUAUGGAAAUAAAUCUGGAAAAAAAUCUUCAAUGAAACCUCCUGUGGCAUUCUGGAUUUACAUACUUGAUUACAUUUGUUCACUUGUGAGUCAUUUUACUUGGUCACAUUUGUAAAGCAAAAUAAAAAAAAUAUUAUUGAAUAUUAUUAAGGAUUAUUAUUAUUAUUAUUAUUAUUAUUAUUAUUAAGGAGGAAAUGCGGAGUGCUGCACUUGGUCUGGGACGAUAAUGAAGACGAAUAAAAGUGCUCUUCAAGGACUGGCCAGAGGUCGAUUAAAGGAAAAAGCAGCAUCUGGAGGUCCAUUAACUCAGACGGCGUGAUAUUAAUUAUAAAAGGCCUUAACUGAAUCAGGGAUAAACCAACGUGCUUCGUCUCGGAGGAGUCUUCAUCAGGGCAUAAAUUCAGCAUUAAUUCCAUGAUUAACAUGACAAUUGCUCUGCCCCCCAUGUCACAGACUGUUCUUCACAUUCCCAGCGUGCUUUUUUUUUUUUUUUUUUUUUUUUUUUUUUAAAAAGGGGAAAAUACCUUCAAAAUAUGUAAUCUGAUUAUUCUGCUUUCAUUAGUAACUGGAACUCAUUACACUCGCUACACCGAUAAAAUGCGAUUCAUAGCAUUGUUAUCCAGUUAGACGCAAUAUGCCUCGACCUCACCCUGCAUAGUCACAGUGAUGCAUGGCAAACAUGCAAGCAUACGUUCAGCCACAAGAGGGCGCAUGUCAGCCCAGUUUACAGGGGACACUUCAGCUCUAGUGGUCUGACCGGUCUGACACCGUGACAUUUUAUCUGCCUAUGAUCUGGCUUUCAUGUUGAAGUUAUCUGCAGACUGAUUAGCUCAGAUCAUGAAGAUCUCUCUUUGUGCUAUCAUGUGUGAAGAAGUGAGGCUGUUACAUAAGGUACUGCAUGACUGAACAGAAAUCCACAAUUUGGCUGCGUGACAAGCAGAGGAGGUUUUAAUGCUCAGUCAGUCAGGAGACGAGGAUGCCUGACAGGGAGAAAUGUCACAAAACUUGUUUUUGUUCUAAUCACUCCUACUUUAGCAUCUUACACUGGCUGCCUAUGUCUGAAUGAGCAUCUCCAUAUAUCUCUGAUAUGAUCUUCCCUCAUAGCCAAACAAAUGUUCUCUGUUCCUCCUGGCUAAAAAAGUGACUAUGCUUUUUUAUAGCUCCCAGAUGUCAGAAUUCCCUGCCUGAAGAGACAACACAUGCGUGUAAAGUUGCUGAUUUCAAUGCUUUAAUCUUUGUUUUAUUCAAGUUUUCCUAUUUUUUGUCUCUCUGGUGUUAUUCUUUAUGCUGUCCUUGCAUCUUUAAAUUAUUCAAUGUAAGAGUGGUUUAGAUGCUGCAGAUGUCGUCUAAACUUUCCUGGGCUACAAACAUUAAAGGUGCACUAUGUAGUUUUGGGGAAGAAAUGUUAAUCAGAAGAGAAAGAUCUUCAUUGACACUGAUUACUAAAUAAACAAGUUACUUUUGUUUUUGUGAAUAAGAAAACUGACCCUAAAGGACAACACAAUUUCAUCCUGUUUUAUUUUUUUUUUAUAUAUAUGUGGCGGACCCUGCCACCUUUACAGGUUCAAACAGUGGACUGAGCACCUUAUUUUCCUCUGAGAAGUGCUUGUUUAUUCUGUUAAGUAAAAAAGAAAUAUUUCUGAGUUUGUAAUAUAACCUAAUUAAUAUUGUAAAUAUUAAAAUGGUGAGUUUCAAUUUCUUCUCCAAAACUGCGUAGUGCCCCUUUAAGUUGUUUGAUUCAGGUAUAUCUGAGCCAUGGGAACGAUUUCAAUUAGCGUGCCUCUACAGCUGCCUUAAUCUUUAAAUGUAAUGGACUUUGUGUCGGGCAAACAGAGUUGGUAGAUAUAACCAACGUAUAAUGACGUUCUAAUUAAAACAUGGUCAUAAAGGGUGGUUAUUGAUCUAUGGGAGACAAGGGAAUCUUUAAAGUAUUUGUAAGACGAGGUCUCAUAACACUUGCGUGAAAGGAAAAUAUUGACAAAUGUCAGUCCUGCAGCUGAACAGUCCAUCUAUUCACAGGAGGAGUAAUCCACCAUAAAUCUUAAACACAUGCAAAAGGUGAUAAUUCAACGUGUUUGACAACGUUGAACUGACUUCCACUAGAGAGCCAGAAUGCUUUUUUUUUUCUACAUCUUUUCAAUGUUAACUACUGAUGUUGAAGUAAAAUCUUUAUAGGUUCAAAAUUAAAAUUUUACAAUGUAAUGUUAGAUUGAGUCAUAGACAUCUGAAGAACUUCUUGUGGUUGAAAAUGAAAGAUUUUGUGACGGACAAAUUUUACUCCAUUCUGCAAAAGAUACAGGGUGGAUUUGAAUCCUGAGCCUCAGCAGACUGCAUGGCAUGCACUUUACCAGGAGAGCUAUUUAUCAUUUUUAUAAAAUACCGCAUUUGGUUCUCAAACAUGGGAACAUAACAAACAAACCAACUUUGAUUUAUCAAAGCUGAUCAAUAGCUCACUAGGUUAAGUGUAUGCAGGCUCAUGCAAGCCACUGAGGCUGAGACUCCAGGUUUGAAUCCAUCUUGUAGAUGUUGCUGCAUGAAGUCAAAUUUGGCCAUGAUAAACACUAAUUUUGAACCACGGGAAGUUCUUCAGAUGUAUGUGGCUGAAGUUUAAAAGUCACUUCGACAGUGAAAAUUGAAAAGACGUCUGAACAACUUUUCAUUCCGGCUCUCUGGAGAAUUCAUGCCUUUUGGAUUUUGUUUGGGCUCAGUGGGAAAUCGAAUAAACGCAAUGAAUGCAUAAAUGCAGGUGAGUAACAAAGUAGAAUAUGAAGUAACUGUAAAUUGACAUACUCAGUUCCAAGCUCCUUAAAAUUGUAUUUAACUGCAACACCUGAGCAAAUGUACUUAGUGACCUUCCAUCUCUGUAUUUAAGUCUGUGAGGACCUGAGCGGUGCUGAGCUGCAGCUGGAGGUGUCGCAGCUGGCCGCGGUGCUCGGAGCUGUCCACGGCCUGUGGUGCUGAAGAACACGGUGCACUUCAAUGUCGCUGCGGGCGCUAAAUUCUAAUUAUACGGUUAAAUAGGCCCAUUAAAUCCACCUUAUCCACAUGACCCGCACUUGUGACAGGCCAUCCAGGUGGCAUACACCGACGUGGGGAAUCAAUUUGAACGAGUGUAUCGACUGGAUCUUCUGGGGUUUUGUUCUGGUAAUAUGAUCGGGAUGACUUGGCUUUGUCCCUGCAGUACACGGGUUUAGCCCCGGGCCGGUUACGCAACAAGUGUGUGUGUGAUCGCGCAACCGGAUGGCGCAACGACACCUAACGGUACUGAAUCAUACCGGGAAAUGCAGGCAGAGGGAGAGUUGGUCUCACUUUAAUUACCAGCCGGGCAUUUUUUUCUCCUCUUGUAACAUCUCUCAGUGCGCUCUGGGAAUUUGAUCAUCAAUGUAAUAUAACGCAGUUCCUGCAGCCAGUUCACACGGAACAUGGCGGAGGAGGAGGCGAUCGGUGCGGGAGAGGACCGUGACUCUGCUCCGCCUGACGCCACGGACUCGUUUCCCAGCGACGAAUACGAGUGUAAAAUCUGCUACAACUACUUCGACCUGGACAGUCGCACUCCCAAACUGCUGGGCUGCUCUCACACCUUCUGCCAGGAGUGCCUCGACGCCCUGCACUCCUGGGAGGGCCGAGGAUGGAGAAUCGGCUGCCCCGUGUGUCGCCACCGGACUCCGGUGCCGGAGUAUCAGGUUCACAAGCUCCCGGACAACACGGCGCUGACCGCGGCGCUCCCGCUCAAAACGCACGAGCCUGAGAGCUCGUCACGCACGGACGUGCGGACUGGUCCGGCCGAGAGUCCAGGCGACGACAGCAGCUGUCAGACGUGCAAACAAGUUGCGUUCGCGACCGGCUGCAUGUGCGCCAUGUUCUCCUCCCUGUCCAUGGUGGUGCUCUUGUUUCUGGGCCUCAUCUUUGUGUACAACCUCCAAACGGCGCCGGCCGUCGGCAUCGCAUGCCUGUUCGUGGCCAGCGUUCUCGCCCUGCUGUCGCUCAUUCUCACCUGGUUGAUGUGUAUGUUAAAAUACCGACCGGACGCGGACACGAGCAGCUUCAGUUCUCUCACUUACGUAAUGUGACUGUCUGUCUGCAGAGCUGUGAAACACGCGCUCAGCCUGGGGAAGAUUUGUUUAUAUGUGUCAAUGUGUUAUGUCAACCUUUGGUUCUCAAAGUAGGGUCUGGGGAUCCCCACUGGUCCCUGAAGGGGUCCCGAAAAUAGAAAUGUUUUAUUGUCCAUAACAAAAACACAAUAACUGGAUGUUUGAAUAUUUUGGUCAAUGGUUUCAUACACUUUCUGUUAACACAUUCAAAAACACAAAUCUUAUCAAGUAGUGUCCUAAUCAGAGUCGGAGUGGGGGUCAUUUUCUCAGAGAUAAUUUGAGAACCACUGGUUUCCACUUCCAAGUAUCUGUGAAUUAACAUAGUGGUCAGGUGUCAUUGUGUAGACUAUCUGACAGGUAUAAACAAUACAAUUAAUGAUGGCUGAAUUCCAUUUAGCUGCUUAAGAAUCAGGGUUCAGCUGUUGCUGGCUCACUGCCACGACAUGCUGAGAGACUUAAUAGUAACAAGUCCAAGUGUCUGCUGUGUGAAAAAGACCUAUUCUGACCUGAAUGGAGCACUAUGGCUCCAGCAAAACUUGUAUGCUCUAUGGUACAUUAAGCAUUCACAUUAUAUCUACAGCAUAUAGAGCAAAGGUCGACUUCUGUAUGAUGAGUCUGGAUACAGUACAAAGUCCUACGUAGUGU